CAAGUCGCUCACAAUCGUAGAGGAUGGGAGGGCAGAGUUUCGUAAGGCCAUUUGCGUCGAAAACAUAAGGGGAAAGGGCAUAGGUAUGCAAUUUUCCACACUACGACCUUGCAAUUGACAAAAAUACACAGGUGGGUGAAUCAGCUAUCAUUCCCUACCACGGUGGCUCUCUUUCUGUCAUCAAUGCCUGUGCUCAAAUCUGCAAUCUCCCAUGGAAACGUCAUUCAAGUUCACAACCCCAUGCCGGUUAAAGUAGCCCAAUUGAGUAAACCACAUUUGCAUCAGCCAUCUACAGCACCUCACUUUUACACAAGCAGGAGAGGGAGAAGGGGUCUCAACAUAGUCAGGCUAGCCAUUGAAUCCAGUGGCUCAGUCCACAAGUUCUGCGAGGAGGGGCGAUAUGGUUUGGCUGUUGAGUACGUGCGAGAAAUGAUUUCAAAGGGCAGCAUGCCUGAUAAGCUCGCUCUUGCUGCCGUCAUUCAGGGGCUGUGCGAGAAGAAUUAUUUUGCCGAGGCUGCUGAGUUUGUUCUUGUCAUUUGCCCGCCUGAUGUUGCUACAUACAACUGUCUUAUAGAUGCUCUUUGCCAGAUGGGCCAGCUGGGUCUUGCCAUGGCUACAAUGGGGCUUAUGCGGGAGAAGGGUGUGGUUCUUGAUUCAUCAAAUUAUACUGAUUUGAUUGAUCGGUUCCAUGGGAAUAGCCUGGAGGACGAGGCUGUGGGCCUGAAGGAGGAGACAACGGAGAAGGGAGUUGAGCCUACUAGUGAUGCUUCUCUUUCUGAAUGAAUUAGACCAAGACAGAAGUUGAGCAUGGAGAGAAGUGAGGGCUGUUGGUCACAACUUUAAAGGUUUUUAUCAGGCACAGUUUUUAGAUUUGAAUUUGUUUGCCCUUAAGAUGAACUGUUUGAUUCAGUUAAUUUAGUGUUUUUUUCGCUUA